ACAAGCAAGGUUACAUGAUAUUUUGAAACAUUCCAAUAUGUUUCGAGCUCCGGUCCAACCUAUUGAAAGAUUGGCUGUGACUUUAAGAUACUUCGUGACGGGAGAGACAUUUAAAGAUCUUCAUUUUAGCUAUCGUUUGGGGGCUUCAACUAUUGGUGAAAUCAUUAAAGAAGUAUGUAAGAAAAUUUGGACUCUACUCCAUGAAGAGUGUCUUUCGAUACCUAAUUCACAGGAAGGGUAUAAAGAAUAUAUGAAAAUGCCAUCUAAAGAAGACUGGCUACACAUUGCAAGCAAAUUUCAAGAAUCUUCCAACUUCCCGCUGUGCUUAGGAGCGGUCGAUGGAAAACACAUCAGACUUAUUAAGCCAAUUGAUAGUGACUCGAUGUUUUUAAAUUACAAACAUUUUUUUUCUAUAGUUUUGAUGGCAGUAGUAGAUAGCGAUUACAACUUUAUAUUUGUUGACGUUGGCGCCUACGGAAAGGAGUGUGAUUCCAGUGUGUUUAAAGAGACCCCAUUUUGGAAAAAUUUAACAAACAACGGAUUAAAUCUACCCGAUGCAACACGUUUGCCUGGAAUUGACUACGAUUUGCCAUAUGUGUUCGUUGCGGACGAAGCCUUUGCUUUGCAUUAUCACUUGCUUCGUCCAUUUGGUGGUCAUCAGCUUGAUCAAUUAAAACGUACAUUUAACUACAGACUCACCAGAGCGCGAAGAUUUGUUGAAUGUGCGUUUGGCAUUUUAUCCAAUAAAUGGCGAAUUUUUCACCGGCCAAUGAAUGUGUCCAUCGAUUUGACAGUUGAUAUUGUGAAAACAUGUUGUGUUUUGCAAAAUUUUAUACAUAAGCAGGAAAACUUUCAGUUUCACAAUGCGAGUGAAAAUGAGUCCACCCUUGAUUCAGAAUCGGAACUAAUCCAGUUACCUAUCACGAAUGCAGUUCGCGGAAGUUUGGCGGCUAAUGAAGUUCGCAACAGAUUUGCACAAUAUUUUGUAUCUAACACUAACCUGCAAACUUUUUUUUUUUCCUUUGGCAACCGGGAUCCUGCAAACUUUAAACGCUUCGCUUUUUGAAAGGAAUAGUGACAUAAGAAAGAAAUGUUGUUGAAAGAAUUUUAUUAGAAAAUAGAGUUGCAAUUACGAAAAAAAAACUGCGUUCGAUAGAAAUAUCUCAAUUUCUUUUUUUUUAAACGUGUUUUGAUUAUUCACUGGGGUGUGUUCAUUCACUGGAGCACCUACCCUAAGGGUCGGACGAAAGCUUUACGCCAUACUGCUGGAAAUACACUAGAGAACAUAGAGAAAUUUAUGAUAUGAGUAAUCGGUGUUAGUACGUGGUCCAAGAUAUUUGUAAUCAUAUCUUGAGAUAUAGAGUCAUACAUAGCCUUUGAUUUAAUGGAAAGGAUGAUCUUACGAAUCUCAGCCGUAACAACGGGAAUGAAACAGAAGUUGGUUAUGUUGGGACGCGUCAGACCACUGAUAAAUGACAAGGUGUUUAGUUUGGAAAAAUAAUCUAGAGUACAGUGGACAAAUGUUGGUUAAGAUCAUCUAAACCAAUUGCGAUAGGCAGGUCUGAAUUCUGCGUUUUACCAAUACCAAGAGACCGGAAGAAUUUCCAGAUAUUGGCAGGACAUGAACAAGAAGUAUUAUUGUGAAUAUGACGGCGUUUAACGUUGCGUGCCACUUUAUUGCAUCUGUAUCUCGCAAUUUUGAAAGACUCCCGGUUCUCGUAUGUCGUUCUCGACUUCUCUUAUGCCUGCGGAACGCGCGGUCUCUACGAAGCAUUGCCAUUUGCACUCCUGUGGUCAUCCAAGGCGCCGAUGGAAGCAUAACUUUGAUCUUCCUGAUGGGUGCAUGGCGGACGUACAGACCGGCUCCCAAUCAAGAGUCAAUGCAUCACCCCGAAGUCUCUCGCCAUCCAUUCCCGCAAAACCGCGCCUAUACAGAACGCUAGGUUUCACCUUGGGUGGUUUGAGGCAAUAGGAUAGGCAGAUAAGGUCAUGAUGAGAAAAACCAGGAGCCUCACGCUGACCAUAGAAGGGAAGGGAACCAAGGAAGAAUUCAAAGUGAGCAUAAGAUCGAGCCAGGAGUCCUCAGCAAUAGUAUUGUGAUGAGUGGCAUUCAGUGGUAAGAUGUGAAGACUCACUGACUCGAUUAAAUGAAGGAGUUAGAUCGAGAGGAGUUCGAAAGGAGAUUCGUAUUAAAAUCGCCCAUAAUAAUUACGUGAUGUUCGUACUCGGAACCCAAAGAAGAUCAAGAACUGACUCGAAUUCAGUGAAGUAAUGAUUAGUUGAAGGGCAAUAAAUAACACCCAGGACCAUUUUAACCCCCCGGACACAAACCUCAAGAAAUAUAAGUAUUCUGGAGAAGAAGUCAAAAGUAUUUUGUGAGGAAAAUUACAAUGGAGGUAUAUUGCCACUUUACCUCUCCGUCUUACAAUCCGGUCAUUCCGAAGAAGAACUAUACUAUUAAUAUUAAAGUAUUAAUAAUAUAGUU